GGAGCAGACGAGUCGUGGGGGAAGGAGCAGACAAGUGGGGGGGGGGCUAGAGCGGCCGCAGGAAGAGCAGUCCCGGGGCCUACCCCUCACUCCCUCCCUCGCUUCGCCGGGCCCGGUGGGAGCGGGAAGGAGCCGAGCUGACGCGCAGCGAGCAGGACGUAUUAGAAGCAAGAAAGAAUGUGUUAAUUCAGACAUUUCAGCUGAACUGACACCGCAAGGCAGAAACUUGACUGGUUGUGUCUGCCAGCAUGUCCUGACUUGUGGAGCAGUGUGGAUAUAAAUGUGAGUUUGCAUUUCUUGCAGUGUGCUGACUGAGCCACAGAGCUGGCAGCUCCACACCACAGUACUGACCACCCAGACACGCCAUUGGGUGCUUCUAUUCCAAUUCCUGCAAGAUGCCAGCAGCACUUGCAGAGAACAGCCAGGUUAUCUGUGAAGUAUGGGCAAACAAUCUGGAAGAAGAGAUGAGGAAAAUUCGAGAAAUUGUUCUCAGUUACAGAUACAUCGCCAUGGACACAGAGUUUCCAGGAGUUGUGGUGAGGCCAAUUGGUGAAUUUCGCAGCUCCAUUGAUUACCAGUAUCAGCUCCUCCGGUGUAAUGUAGACCUCCUGAAAAUUAUCCAGCUGGGCUUAACCUUCACGAAUGAGAAAGGAGAGUAUCCUUCUGGGAUCAACACAUGGCAGUUCAAUUUCAAAUUCAAUCUAACGGAGGACAUGUACUCACAGGAUUCCAUAGAUCUCCUGGCAAAUUCUGGGCUGCAGUUCCAGAAGCAUGAGGAGGAAGGCAUCGAUACCCUGCACUUCGCAGAGCUGCUCAUGACCUCAGGGGUGGUCCUCAGCGACAAUGUUAAAUGGCUCUCGUUUCACAGUGGCUAUGAUUUUGGCUACAUGGUGAAAUUGCUGACAGACUCCAGACUCCCUGAGGAGGAACAUGAAUUCUUUCAUAUUUUGAACCUUUUCUUCCCAUCCAUCUAUGAUGUCAAGUACCUAAUGAAGAGCUGUAAAAACCUUAAGGGAGGUCUUCAAGAAGUUGCAGAUCAGCUGGAUUUGCAACGAAUUGGACGACAGCAUCAGGCAGGAUCAGACUCACUGCUCACGGGAAUGGCCUUCUUCAGGAUGAAAGAGUUGUUCUUUGAGGAUUCAAUUGAUGAUGCAAAGUACUGUGGCCGGCUGUACGGCCUUGGCACAGGAGUGGCACAGAAGCAAAGUGAGGACGUGGAAUCGGCUCAAGAGAAGAUGAGCAUUCUCGCCAUUAUCAACAACAUGCAGCAGUGAGAAAUGGAGACCCGUCAGCAGGACAUGGUCCCAGAACAGCAACUGCUGUCAGAAACUUUUCCAAUUCUGUCAAACAAAGGGCAUCUACCGCAUGCAUUUGGCAGAAAGACUAGAGUUUUGAUGAAGGGGGAAAAAAAGCAUCUUCAUUUCAAACCUAAAAGGGAGUUCUGAAUUCAUAACAAUACCAGCAUUGGUGGUUUGCCAUCUUUUUAAUACCAAGGGCAAGAGAGAGAAUCUAAAUGUGUAUACCUCCUCUUUUUUUUUUCUUUUUUUUUUUUAAAUACCGAAUCUGCAAGGAAGACUUAAAUGGAGAACAUUCAGCAGAGCUGAAGUUCUGAAAUGCCAGUGAAAUUGGACACAGCAACCUUGCAGGGUCCUUUAGGAAGCUUAUUUUAAAAUUUCUUGUGCAUGCUGUGAGGUGAUGUCUGCUCCUCAUCUUUUGCUCACUUUUAUCCCUCUGUGUCAUUUAUGUAAUGACCCUCUCAUUCACGGCAGAGCAUGGGGAACAAAGCAAAACACCUUCUCUGCAGCAGGUGUUCAGCUCAAGCUGUCUUGCCUCUGGCCAGGAUGGGUGUUUUGCACAGCUGUGCUGUACAGGGUCCUUUGGGACUGUUGUGCAAUACAAGUGUGUCACACCACUAAGCCUCAUUUUAAUUCUCAUAGUUAUGAACAGAAUAAACUGCUGAGUAGAUGAACCAGCCUGGAAGCUUGCCUUCUAGAGAUUUUGUAACAGGAAUUUGGACCAAAACAAUUGAAGCCACUCAGUUUCACUUGAUGAUGCAGAAGAUCUUGUUCAUCUCACUUCAGUAUGUAGGAGUAGUUUACUAGGCAAAUAAUUAUAUUUACUUUCAUAUUGGAGUGAUGUUUAAACAGGCCUCAAAGCCACUGCGUCUCCCUUUGUAAAGAUUUGAGGAGUAUCCUAAAGAGUGGAGAUUGAAGGCUCAGGAGUUCGAUUUUUGACUAGACAUUCUAAUAAUACACAUUAUUUUUGAACAGCUCUGAAAUAUGUUUCUAUAAGAAAAAACCUCUUUUGAACAGCAAAUUAAACCUCUCAUUUUAAGUCUUGCAUUUUAACAAGCUUAAAUGAUUCUUGAUUGAUGUUAAACUGGUAAUUAAAAUGCUUGUAAAUACUAUGUUUUUAAUUUUGUAAAAUAAAGGUUGGUUUUUUUUU